AUGUCGCAAGCAAGCUCCUCUUCUUCUAGCUCGUCAAACUCGUCAAACGGGUCUCCGAACAAUUUAUCAAGUACAGCUCAGUCGCAAUUGUUUAGCUUCCAGGACAAUGAAAAAGUGUUAUGUUAUCACGGUCCUAUGUUAUAUACCGCUACUGUGCGUGUUUUUUAUGUUGUUUCUUUGCUAGACUCUGAAACUCUGGUAAAAGAGAUAAAUUCUCAAUAUGUAGACGCCUCUGGCGAAGCAGGACUUUAUUAUAAAAUACAUUAUCACGGAUGGAAUUCCAGAUCGGACGAAUGGGUCCCUCAAAAUCGAAUUUUAAAAAUGAACGAAGAAAAUAUUAGUUUACAGAAUAUUCUUCAGGAAGAGUUAAAAAAUAGACCUUCCGCCGUUGCUGCACGAGCCAAUGCUACUGCUAAUCAACAAGAAGUUAAUAAUAUAGCUAAUACAACAACAGUCCAUAUGGAGGUGGAUGUAGUAGAUAACUCAAAUAAAGACUCAUUAUUAGAAAAUGACACUUCCAAUACAGAACUUACUUCGCCACUCGUUGCUGCGGCAACCAAUAACAAGAAUGUUACAGAUGAAAAUAAUCACCAGAGCACAAAUAAUCAAGUUAUUAAAGACGCUCGACCACACAAAACCAAUGGAACAUAUAAAGAAACUACAACGACAGCAAAUUUUGCCGUUACAGAUAAUAAUAAUAUUAACGGAAAUAAUUCAACAACAAAAACGAUACCAAAACCUAUAAAAACGUCGGAAACUCCGCCUGCACCACCUCAUUUAUCAACGAAGGACAAAAAAACUAUACCGGAAGACGGGAUUACCAAAUCCACUAGAUCAAAAGCUAAAGCUAAAUUUAACAAUUCUUCAACUUUGAUUAAUGGAACUACGUCUACCGCUACAGCCCCAACACCGACGACAAGUAACAGGGGGAGGAAAAGGAAGCAGCCAAUUGACGAUGCCACAACUACGGCAAUUGCGUCCACCUCAAAAGCAGCUGCUUCAACAUCUACAAGAGUUAAUGGAAAUGCAACUACAAGUGCGACCGUCAAUAAUCCCCAGAAGAAACCCAAAAAGAAUAAAAUCACUGUCGAUGUUAAUGACGAUUUAAAGGUUAAAUUAAUAGAUGACUGGGAAUGGAUCACUUCUCAGUAUCAGCUUUUACCUUUACCAAGAACCAAGACUGUUGAAAUUAUCUUAGAAGAUUACCAUAAUCAUAAAAUUGAAGAAAAUAAAAAAUCUAAAGAAACCAAUGGAGUUCGUCAUCGCGGACGAGGACGUCCUGCCAAAAAUCCUCAGGAAGAAAUUCUUCGUGAAAAUUUAGCCAGUGUCAAAUCAUUAUUCAACGAAGUACUAGGUACUCAACUCUUAUACCGAGCUGAAAGACAGCAAUACUUCGACUUCAGAGCGGCAAAUGGUGGUGUAGACUGUUCAGCUUAUUAUGGAGCCGAACAUCUAAUGAGAUUAUUAGUCAUACUUCCACGUAUUGUUGAAACGACGGAUAUGCGUGAGGUCAAAGCAGAACAAUUACGAGAUAUAUGUCAAGAGUUAAUCAGCUUUUUGGGGGAUCGGACUGAUGUGUACUUCUCGGAAAUAUACGACAAUGCACCACCGGUUUACAUUCGACUCUCGGAGAACUUUUAA